AUGGGGGGGCGGGGCCGUAGCACGGACCCUCGGUUACCUCCGACAGUACUCGGCUACACCCGCGAGGAGGCGGGCCCUCGGUUGCCUCCGACAGUACUCGGUUACACCCGCGAGGAGGCGGGCCCUCGGUUGCCUCCGACAGUACUCGGCUACACCCGCGAGGAGGCGGGCCCUCGGUUGCCUCCGGCAGUACUCGGUUACACCCGCGAGGAGGCGUGUCCUCGGUUGCCUCCGGCAGUACUCGGCUAUUUCCGCCCCUCCUCGGCUCGGCGGCUGAUGAUGGCGAGUGGAGCGGCCGCUGGACGCUGUCCUGUUGAGGCGGAGCCGCUGUCGGAGGAGGCGGGAGCGGGAGAAGAGGUCGAGCGGCAUUCGGAGCGAGGGAAGACACCGAGUCGGAGCGAGAUGAAGAUGGGGAUGAACCUAGGGGUGCCAGGGACCGACAAGCAGCCGCAGGAGCAAGAGGAGGAGGAGAAGGAGAAGGAGCAGCGGCCGCGGCGUCGGGGCCGGAGCUCGGUACCAGAUGCAGAACCUGAGCAGAAUUCUGAGGUUGACAUGACCUCGCAACUGUCCAGCCUGCGUGUGUCAGAGGAAAGUGAGAAGUGCCAGAUGGAGCCCGGAAACAGACCACAGAGUGCAAGGCUGGUGACUGAAGAAACACAAGGCAAUUCUAGAGAAAGUUCCAAAAUUCCACCGGGACAGACAAUGGAAGCAGAAGAUGAGCAACUACAACAGGAUGUUAAGGAUAAUAAAGGGUGUGAGAUAACUGCAACAGCACUUGCUGCAUACCGGGUUCGUAAAGUCAGCAGUGAUUCUGUGAUCAUUCAGUCUGACCACGGGGGGCCAGAAAAGUUACCAGCUGAUCCAUUAGAAGGUCCUGGGAGAGUUGUUCCUGUAAUUGAUGCUGCUGCCACCUGGAUUUCCACGGAGCUAAACGAGUUCAAAGAGAAGAUCCGGAGGGAAAAGGCUGGGGUGAUGAAGGUGAACCGUGGGAAUGUAGUGACAGUGCGAGUUCCCACCCACCCUGAGGGUAACUCUGUCUGCUGGGACUUUGCCACGGACACCUAUGAUAUUGGCUUUGGGGUGUACUUUGAGUGGACUCCUGUGACCGACACAGAGAUUACGGUGCUGGUUAGUGAGUCAAGUGAUGAAGAGGACGAGGAAGAGACAGAAGCACCCCCAGUCCAAGGAGAUAUCGAGAGAGGGAAAGAUUUCUUCCGGUCUGAAUUGGAGGAGAUCCUGCCUGUAUACCGAAAGGACAGUCACUUGGAGGUUCAGUCCGGCAGUCACAAGUACCCGGGACAGGGAGUCUACCUGCUCAAAUUCGACAAUUCCUACUCGAUCUGGAGACACAAGACCCUCUAUUACCAGGUCAACUACAGCUCCUGAAGAAGCAGCCGUAGCAGCAGCAGCAGCAGCCCUUCUCUGGGGAAGGGGACCGAAUCCACGUCCCAUUCCUCCAGAGAUACUCUCUCUCCAAGUUAGCCUCUUGUUUUCUUUCUCUGGCAAUUGUUUUUCUUUCCAAAAAUCUGACUGGAGCAAAUGUGCCCAACAUUCAACCCCACAAGCUCUCCAAACUCUUACAAAUGUGGCACUUUAUGCAUCUUCUUUGUUUGUUUUGUGUUCACAGUAUUGUUUUUGUGUUACUUGUGUUCUUGGUACAACUGAAUUUAUAUAUAAUAUGUAUACAUUAAUAUCAUUUUAUGUUUAAAGAUUUAUUUUCACUGUUUUAAUGUUGCUAUGUGCUUACUUUGUAAAUCUAUCACUGUAUAUCCAUCAUGUGAAGGUGCUGGUGAUGGACAAAGUCAGAAGUCUCAUGACGCCAGGCUAUAGUCCAACAGGUUUAUUUGAAAUCACAACCUUUCUGAGCCCUGCUCCUUUAUCAGGUGAAGUGAGGGAGCAGCGCUCCGAAAUCUUGUGAUUUCAAAUACUCCUAUGGAGUAUAACCUGGUGUCAUGUGACUUCUGACCUGAUCACUGUAUAUGUUUAAAGACCCAAGCUACACUGCCUUUCUUUGUGCAAUAUCUGAUUUGGGCUUGUCUGUACUGUGUUCUCAGCACGUUGCAGUUGCAUUCCAGUGUUUACAAGUCACCUGCUGCUCCCUCAACCCUCUCCUCAAAAAAAGGAGUUAAUUAGUAAUUCUUUUAUUAAAAUAUCUUAAUCACAUUGCAAUCACUGGAAUCUGGAAAAGUUGAGCAGGGAUGUCAGACGGGACGUGAUGAAGUUGAGAGAAAUGAAUAUCAUUUGCAACCUUCACAAAACAAUUAUAUUUUGUACUCUGUGUACUGCCUGGAAAAAUAAAUAAAUAGAAAAAUGUAAACUUAAAA